CAGGCCAUCCUCAACCAAACUCCCCUGUUCCUUUCUCGUAAAAAAAGAACGCUGUUCUUCUCCUAUACCACCGAGGCGGCGACCUGGAGACCGGCGACGGCGGCGGCGCACCGGGGAUGGCGGAGAUGGAGGAGUAUGAGACAGACACUGACUGGUUUGCCACAGGAAUCGGCGAGUCGACUUUAAUUGAGGCGGCCUCCACGCGACCUAGCGCCGGCGGCGGGGGCGGCGCGCCUGCCAAGAAGAUGUCGGCCAUGGAUUCCGGUGCCCCGGGCCAAUUAAUCGGGUAAGCUUGGUCGCCAAUGCCAUUUUUGUUGAUUUUUUCCUUUUGGUGAGGGGUUUGACCAGGAGGAGAAACCCUAGCUUGGCUGCGGAAGAACUCGAUUCUGAUCGACGUAGAAACCUAGGUUCUUUCUCAAUUUUGCUGUGUUAGAUUCGGCCAUGUGAAUUUCGUUGUGUGGUUGUGCAGUUUGAUGAAAUAAAGUGUGAAUAACAGUCAAUUUAUUUUGGUAUCAGACUAGUAGGAAAUGAGCUUAUUUUUGGAUGAAUUUUGUGUGUACUGUAGUUGAAUUGGACAUAUUAAUAACCAUUGUUUAUGUAUGUUCAGGUUGGAGGAUUAUGCCAGUUUUUCUGUCCAUGGGAGAGAGAUGAUUGGAUCUGUAACACAUUGGCAUUUCGAUUCAUUUGGCCAUGUGAGUACCCAACAGAGUGUCAAUCAGCCAACUGAUGCUAUUGGACAGAGCCAAAGGACCAUGGGGUUUCCAUUUCCACACACAUGGCAUAUAGGGCCAAGAACAAAGCACUACAGGUGAUUGAUGGACACCACGAGAGUCAGUAUUACAGGAUAAGAGAUUACCUACAGACUGUGUUGAACACAAAUCCGGGCAGCAGGUGCAUUGUGAAUACCAUUGUCAAUCAAAUCCCACGGAAGAAUCCUAGAUUCCAUGGAUUAUUCUACUGCUUGAAUGCACAAAUUAAGGGAUUCCUAGAAGGUUGCAGGCCUUUCAUUGGCGUAGAUGGAUGUUUCUUGAAAACUGGCACUGGAUUUCAAAUCCUUGCUGCGACGGGUAGGGACGGCAACAAUAACAUGUUCCCUCUCGCCUUUGGAGUUGUCGGAAAAGAGGAGACUUCAACUUGGUGUUGGUUCCUAACCCAGCUCAAGUAUGCUUUAGGUGAAGCAUGGGCCCUUCACUAUCAUGUCUGAUCGUCAAAAAGGGUUGUUAAAUGCGGUGAGCCAAGUCUUUCCAGAGUGUGAGCAACGCUUUUGUCUUAGACACAUAUAUGCUAAUUUUCAAAUAGCUGGAUUUAGAGGAGAAGACCUAAAAAAGUUAGUAGAUGCUGCUGCAUAUGCAUAUAGUCAUAGUGUUCAUGUAGUUGCAAUGGAUAUGCUAAAAGUAUUAAACUUAGAUGCAUGGACUUGGCUUACCAAAAUUCCUACUAAGCAUUGGGCACGCCAUGCUAUGGACACAACAUGCAAGACAGACCUAAUUGUCAAUAACAUAAGCGAAAUUUUCAAUAGCUACAUCCUUGACCAAAGGGACAAGCCCAUAGUGACAAUGAUGGAUCAGAUUAGGACCAAGCUUAUGGCUAAGUUUGCAGAUAAUAGAGAUGGAGUGGUUGUUGCGCAUUGGGAAAUAACGCCACACUAUGUUGAACAACUAGAGACAGAGAAGAGGUUUUCUAGGUGGUGCACUCCAGUGAAUGCAGGAAAUGAUAUAUGGCAAGUUGAGAUAACAAGUAAUGGGAAAAGGGAAGUGCAUUCUGUGAACCUACACAACAAGACAUGUGGAUGUAGAAAAUGGGACUUAACCGGUGUGCCAUGCAAACACGCCAUAUCGGUCAUCUACAAAGCAAAGCAAUAUCCUGAAGAUUUCGUUAGUGAUUUUUUCAAGAAGCCAAUGUAUGCCCUGGCCUAUAAGGAAAUGAUUUAUCCAGUGCCGGGUCAACAUGAUUGGGUGAAAACUGAUACAAUUGAUAUAGAGCCUCCUAUCUUUCAUAGCAAACCUGGACGAAAAAAGAAAAAGAGAAGGCCAAGUGCAGGUGAAGGGCCAGAUGGAACCAGAAGAAUGACGACAAUCACGUGCUCUAAUUGUAACCUUAAAGGGCACAGAUACACCACAUGUACUGUGCCAUUGAAGCCUCAUCUUGCAAUUAGAAAGGUCGGACACAAGAGCAACCGUCAGCGGCCUGAGUACUUGGACGUGCCUACGGCUCCUUCCUCGCCUACAGCUACAGCGCCUCCACCUCCCCCACCCGCACCACCACAGCAAGCUCCAUUUGCAGCACCUCGCCAAGCUGCAGCUACAACACGUCAGCAUGCUCCAGCUGCAGCACAUCAACAUGCUCCAGCAGCAGCACCUCGACAUGCUCCAGCCGCAGCACAACCUCGACAUGCUCAAGCUGCUGCACAACCUCGACAUGCUCAAGAUGCACCAAGGCAGAAGCUCCCUUCUAUGCGGGGACGACGACAUAUGCAUUACACCGAGUCUCGACUAUAUGGUUACUUCACAGCAAGUAAUGGCCAAGGUCGGCAACAGGAGGAAGAAAAUCAUAUCUGAAAUUUGUAUGAAAUGAAAAGAGCCAUGUGAUGAAUUUUUUUUAUCUUGACUCUUACUUUUGUAUUUGAAGUGAGAUACUAAAUCUGGAUAAAUAUGAUCUUCUCAAGCUUUUGGAUGGAUA